UUUUUACUUCGGCGCACGUACGCGUUGCGUGGAGGGCCGGGGAAGCAUGUAGGAAGGAAAUAGCGCAACUUAUGGAUAACUUAUGCCUAGGUAGUAACUUGUAUUCUUUUCAAAUGAAAAGUGAAUCUUCACAUUUAAGCUGAAGAUCCCACCAGAAACACCAACAAGCGUCGACUGGCAUUAACAGGAACUGGUGUCAGGCGUCACAACGAGUUACCCUAGUUGCAGGCUGCAUCCUGAUCAUGAUGAUGAUGUAGGCCUAGUCUGACUUUGAAAGUAAAAGAUUGCGACCUACAUGUAGCAGUAGCACUAGCAGGGCGCCGUGUGGCCUCCGUAUAUCAUUCAGUGAUGUGGUGCUCUAUGUUGGAUCUGUUUAUUGCCUCGCUACUGAUCUGUAUACACACUGUGUACAGUCUACAGUGCUAUACAUGUGCUGCUGAGGAUACCAAUGAGAACUGCAAAAUCAACGAAGCACCAGUCUUAAGGACAUGCCCAUCUACAGAAGACCGGUGUCUUACACAGGUUAUCUAUUCAACUGAGCGAGGCAAGUUGAGGAUUGACAAGUACUGCGCAUCUCAAGACGGGUGUGAUGCAGCCACCGAGCAGCUUGGGAAGCGCUAUUUCUGCGACAAGUCGCGGGCAGGAUGGGGCUGUGUGGAGUGCUGUGACACAGACAAGUGCAACCUGAGCAGUGUUUCUCGAGUGAGGGCAUCCGUGGCAGCUGUGUGUGCUGUUGCCAUAGCGGCUAGAUUUGUCAGCUGAUUUCCUUGUUUUCCUAUCCUCUUUAUUGUAAAUUGAAAACAAAAAUCUGCAAAAUCUUGCGCAGUUUGGAACUUCCUUGAAUUGAUCAGAAUUCUUUAUUGCAUACUUGUAUAACUUGAAAUAGCAGCUGCAUAGGAUUUCUAGUCUUUUCACAGAUGAACUGCAGGCUCACGUAUUCCACAGCUUUCAGUCAUUCUUGCAUAUCUAAAUACCAUUGAGAACUACAUGUAAGUGAAGCACUUUGGACUUGUGGGCAUUCAUUGUUUGCCCAGUAUCCAUACCCUGGAAUGAUCCAAAGAACCCUUCUCAACCCUCAGAUUCGUCUCCGUCGUGGGGUAUGCCUGUUCUGUAGGCUCCGACUUUGGCAAUGUUUGGCUCAGCACAACUUGAUAUUGUGCAUCAGGAAUAUGAAAAUGCCUGAUGGGAAGCCAAAGAAAAUUGUGCCAAACUUAUGUAGUGUCAACGAUUAAAGGGAUUUUUUAAAAAAAAUUGUUCCAAGAAGCCAUGCUUGGGAAAGGCCAAAAGUUCUAAAGUCAUUUGCUAGAAAAAUGGAUUCUAUUUGGACAGGGGUCCUGUAGUUGAUGACCACCUGUGGCAGUCCACUGGAGCUCAAGUGCAAGAAUUCUGCGCACUUUAUGCAUGCCCAUGCUUCCCUUUCUUCCUUUCACAACACUUUGGCCCAAGGACUGAGCAUACAGUUACAUGUGACUAUAUACCACUGAGGAGAGGGUAUUACAUGCCCAUAGACGAAGCACAGGCACUUACCACUGAGGACAGUAGAUUGACCUCUGAGGACAGGACAAACCAACAAUGUUUAACUGCAGCUUUUGAUUUCAUUGACCUACCCCAUUUGCAAGUUAGCUAUGCCCCAUGGACAGCCCUAUGGAAUUUUGUACAUUGAAGUUUGUAUCUGAUUUUGUGCUUUCCCCAUCCUUUUGUAAUUUCACAAGUUGUAUUGAAUGUGAUUCUGCUAGAACAGGUCAAAUUUUAGAGAUGUACAUAUUACUUACAUGUGUUGGACUGUUUUUUUUUUCCUCCCAAGGUACUGCAAAUGUAAGGGCAGGUACAGAGUAAGAACUUUCAUUUCAUUGAGAAAGGUCCACAAUAAUAGAUCUUUGACUCCUCCGAUAUUGCAGCAACCUUGAGACAAGACUACCAAGCCACAGCUUCUCCUUCCUGCUAAGCACAGGAAGAUACACUGUACAUACGUGUAUGUUUAUGUAAAUGUAUAUAUGGCUAAUGUUUUCAAGUCGGGUUGCCUUUUGCCUGUAUAUGCAUUCUUAUACAUGUUAUGCUUGUCCAUGGUAUUUUGGUGUAAAAAUCUUUUGUUGUGUUCAAAAUAAGAUGAGACUAAUUUCUGUGCUCUUUUAUUUAUUGCACUAUUCAUAUAGUUUCAUGAAACUUUCUACUUUUAUUAAAUCCUCACUCUAUGCUUUUAGAGACAUUUCUAAAUAUUACAAAAAUGACACUUGUACAUUGGGCACUAGUAACUUAGACAUUUAUAGCAUUGAGAUGGUUUCUUCCACAGUUCAUUUUCCUCAAAGUGUGCUCUUCUAUGUAGACUUGCAUUUUAACGUUGUGUAAGUACAUAUGCAGGAAAACAUUUGUUCCCUUCCUAUUUAUUCUUCUGUAAAUGGUAUUAUUUAGUAGAGUUCUUUUCAGUUUUUCAAAAUUAAGUGUGGAUUGUGUGUGAAUUUCAGCAAAAGUUAUAGGUUUUCCUCCCAACAAAAAAUUCACGCGAGGAAAAUCAGAAUUCAACACGGGCAUGGAUGUCGCAAGGGACAGUAUUGAAGAAAAUCAAAAAGUUAAAAAAAAGGAAAAUAGAGAGUAUAAAAUUGGCCACAUGUACUUCUGUGAAAUGCCUCAGAAAUGACUCCCUCCCCUCCACUGUUGAUGCUUUACCCAUCCUGCAACUUACCCCCAUCCUGGAAUGGGACCCCCUUGUAAACAUUUAAAAGGACAAAUGUAACAUUGCAUGCAUGCAUGACACUCUAGGUCAAAGUUAUAUACAUACAUGUAAGUAUCGCUGCAUAAAACAGGAAAAGAAAGGGGCACUUGAAAUCUUAUGCUUUUUAAAACUUUUAUUAUAAUAAUCUCUUCUUAAAUGCAGAGUAAAUGUAUUUUAUAGUACAAAAAGUACUUACAUGUAAAAGUGAAAACCUGAUAUACAACAUAAAAUUUCUUAAGAGUUAUAAUCGAGUGAGUCAUCACAGUAAUUGCUGGUCCAUAACCAGUUGAUCCAGUGUCUCCUGAUAUCCCAAGCUAUUCAAAUGAACUGUGACAGGAAUUCUUGCAUUACACCACCCACUCCUUCCUUCCCAAAUCCCUCUUCCUCAUCCAUACUUCUUCUUGUGCAGGGUUUUAAGUUUUGAAUACGUAACAAUUAACCUGUAGGCACAUUGCCGAUGGUAAUAAAAACGGCAGUACUUGA